CUAUACUCACAGGCUUGGAGCCAGUGCCAUUCACACUUCCCCCUCUUCUGCAGCAGACAGACUGAGUUCCUCUAAUCCCUGUGUUCCUUCUCCCCCAUCUUUCUAAAACCCUUCUCUGAGAGAGGAAUAACUAUAGCUUCGGGGAUAAUAUAGCUUUAAGGAAACUUUUGGCAGAUGCGGACGUCGUAACAUCUGGGCAGUGUUAACAGAAUCCCGGAGGUCGGGACAGACCAGGAGCCACUCGUUCUAGGAAUGUUGAAGUAGAAGGUUUUUUCCAAUUGAUGAGAGGAGCAGAGAGGAAGGAGAAAGAGGAGAGAGAAAAAGGGCACAAAAUACCAUAAAACAGAUCCCAUAUUUCUGCUUCCCCACUUUUGGAAGUUAAUUGAUGGCUGACUUCUGAAAGUCACUUUUCUUUACCCUGGUACUUCAGGCCAUACAUACAUCUUUUCUUGUCUCCAUAAUCCUCCCUUUCAAGGAUGGCCAGUCAACUAACUCAAAGAGGAGCUCUCUCUCUGCUGUUCUUCCUGACUCCAGCAGUGACACCAACAUGGUAUGCAGGUUCUGGCUACUAUCCAGAUGAAAGCUACAAUGAAGUAUAUGCAGAGGAGGUCCCACGGGCUCCUGCCCUGGACUACCGAGUCCCCCGAUGGUGUUAUACAUUAAAUAUCCAGGAUGGAGAAGCCACAUGCUACUCACCGAGGGGAGGAAAUUAUCACAGCAGCCUGGGCACACGUUGUGAGCUCUCCUGUGACCGGGGCUUUCGACUGAUUGGAAGAAGGUCGGUGCAAUGCCUGCCAAGCCGUCGCUGGUCUGGAACUGCCUACUGCAGGCAGAUGAGAUGCCACGCACUGCCAUUCAUCACUAGUGGCACUUACACCUGCACAAAUGGAGUGCUUCUUGACUCUCGCUGUGACUAUAGCUGUUCCAGUGGCUACCACCUGGAAGGUGAUCGCAGCCGAAUCUGCAUGGAAGAUGGGAGAUGGAGUGGAGGCGAGCCUGUAUGUGUAGACAUAGAUCCCCCCAAGAUCCGCUGUCCCCACUCACGUGAGAAGAUGGCAGAGCCAGAGAAAUUGACUGCUCGAGUAUACUGGGACCCGCCAUUGGUGAAAGAUUCUGCUGAUGGUACCAUCACCAGGGUGACACUUCGGGGCCCUGAGCCUGGCUCUCACUUUCCUGAAGGGGAGCACGUGAUUCGUUACACUGCCUAUGACCGAGCCUACAACCGGGCCAGCUGCAAGUUCAUUGUGAAAGUACAAGUGAGACGCUGCCCAACUCUGAAACCUCCGCAGCACGGCUACCUCACCUGCACCUCAGCAGGGGACAACUAUGGUGCCACCUGUGAAUACCACUGUGAUGGCGGUUAUGAUCGCCAGGGGACACCCUCCCGGGUCUGUCAAUCCAGCCGCCAGUGGUCAGGUUCACCACCAAUCUGUACUCCUAUGAAGAUUAACGUCAAUGUCAACUCAGCUGCUGGUCUCCUGGAUCAAUUCUAUGAGAAACAGCGACUCCUCAUCAUCUCAGCUCCUGAUCCCUCCAACCGAUAUUAUAAAAUGCAGAUCUCUAUGCUACAGGUGCCCAGACAAGGUCUCAUACCUCCCUGGGCUGCUCUCUCUAGGCAAUUUCAGCGCCUCACUCGCUCCUACUUCAAUAUGGUGUUGAUUGACAAGCAGGGCAUCGACCGAGACCGCUACAUGGAACCUGUCACCCCCGAGGAAAUCUUCACAUUCAUUGAUGACUACCUACUGAGCAAUCAGGAGUUGACCCAGCGCCGGGAGCAAAGGGACAUAUGCGAGUGAACUUGAGCCAGGGCAUGGUUGAAGUCAACGGAAAAGCUCCUCUAGUUAGCUGAAACUGAGACCUAAUAAAGGAGGAAAUGGUUUCCCACAGUUCUAGGGACAGGACUCUGAGGUGGGUGAGCUUGCCAAAUCCUACAACGUUUCCAGGCAUUCUUUUAGGGCUGUUUAAUAGUUUCCCUAGAAGCUAGGUAGGGACUGAGGACAGGCCUUGGGCAGUGGGUUGGGAGUAGAAGUUCUUCCUUUCCUAACCCGGGCCCCUGCCCAGCUCUCCAAAGUCUUUCAGAAAAGUAAAUCCUAAAUUCA